CGGACACGCAUUUGCUGCGUCCGUUAAAAAUAUAUAAUUAUGUGAAUGUUUUGCGGUAGUAAACGUAUAAAAUGUCUGAUAUUGUGAAGUGUAAUGUGUGUAACAUCGUUAUUGAUGAAUUGCUAGCAUAUAUACAGAAUAAAGUAUCUGUUGUAGACGAAGAGACGUUAAUAAGACUUUGCACGUCUUCAUUUACGAAGGAGGAGAUUGAAAAAUCUAAAUCUCUGUUAUACAGUGCUUUGCCAGCCGAUAAACGAAAAAUUCAACGAAAAAGAAAAGGAAAGGAGAAUCGUGAUGUGGAUGAUAUCAUAGGUAUAAUUAAAUCAACGGAUCCGGAUAUAUUACCGGUAUACGUAGCCAAACAGUUAGAAAAACUGCCACCGAUAACAUUUGAUCAUCUGGACUGCACGGCAUUGUUAAAGGAUCUAAUUAGACUUAAAAGUGACAUCGAGUGUAUUAAAUCGACGUAUGCCACAAAUGAACAGGUAGAUGAGCUUAAAACAGAGGUCAAUAAUUUAAAAUAUGCUUCAAUUCUACCUACUCCGAUUUGCAACAUUGACACAAAGCGUGGCGCCUGGAAUAUGGAUAGUGGGCCUAUAGGACUAUCGCAUGUAAACGACACUGAGCUGUCGGAUAAUAAUAAAGAACAGUUGGCAAUGAUUAGUACAAAUAACAACAAUAACGGUCGCCGUGAAUACCGAGAAGUAGUGCAAACCAAUACGCAAACUAAUACUUGUAGUAAUAAUUCCAUGCAACAGUCACAGAUUCAACGCGUUAAGUGUGUUAGAAAUUAUACGAAGCAAAACAAGCCGGUGAGUCAUCCGAGUAAUGUUUGCAAACAGAGUGCGGCGGCGGUUUCAAAUCAGCUGUGCGAUAACAGUAUGCAGCGACCGGCCGAAGUGUUUGCGGAAUACCCCCAAAAUGAAAAAAAUAGUAAUGAGAGCGAGUGGUCAACAGUGAAACGAUUUAAAAAUAAAUACCGGUUUGCGGGCAAAACGGGAGUUGCAAAAGAUGGUGAAGGAAUGUUUAAAGCGGCUGUACGAAUGAUACCAAUAUUCAUUUCUAAUAUUCACAACGACACAAAAGAUGAUGAAAUAAUUAAUUAUAUUAGACUAAAGACAAAUGAAUUGGUGACAUUGGAAAAAAUUGAUAUCAAAAAGCAUGAUAGCUACAAAGCAUAUAAAUUUUUUAUCCCACAAAGUAAAUUAGAUAUAUUCUUGGAUGAAACUAUUUGGCCUACAGGCAUAAUUUUUAGACGUUUUGUGAAUAUGAAAUAUAGAUCCAAUAAUGCAUUUAAUAAAGACGGCCUAAAAGAUAAAAAUAAUGAUGAAUAAGGAAAUAAUAAAAAUUGCUAGUUUUAACUGUAAAAAUGUAAAACGUUCCAUAGAAGGCAUCCGUGAACUUUGCUUAUGCUGUGACGUAAUUGCACUACAGGAGACCUGGCUGUUGCCGCAGGACAUACCCUAUCUCAGCAGCAUUGAUAACAACUUUAGUUACACGGGAACAUCUGCGGUGGAUACGUCAGUGGGUAUGCUGCGAGGAAGACCGUACGGCGGAGUCGCCCUAUUGUGGAAUAAAAAAGUAUUUCAGAACGUUCUUGUGUUGCAGUGUGAUAAUCCGCGCAUCUGUGCUAUAAAAAUAAUAACAAGUGAAAGACCUCUUAUAGUAAUAAGUGUCUAUAUGCCAACGGAUACGAAGGAAAAUCUGCCUGAAUUUACGGACUGUCUCGGUGCGAUGAGUGCAUUAGUGAAUGAGUAUGGCGUAGAAUCGACUUUUAUAUUGGGAGAUUUUAACGCCCAUCCUAAUGAACUCUUUUUUUAUGAACUUUUGAACUUUUGUAACGAACAAAGAUGGUUUUGCGUAGAUGUAGAUAUGUUAGGAUAUUCGUCUGAUACGUACACCUUCGUAAGUGAAGCUCACGGGUCUAAGAGAUGGCUCGAUCAUUUAGUAACGACGCAGGCUGCGAAGUGUGCUAUAUGUAAUAUAUACGUUAAAUGUGACGUAUGGUGGUCUGAUCACUUUCCUAUAGUUGCUGAGUGCAGGCUAAACGUUUUAACUCCAAAAUUAGUAAAUCAAAACAUUGUUCAUAAUGAAAUAUUAUGGGGUGAAAGAAGUAAUGAACAAAUUGAUUUAUAUUAUGCGGAAUGUAACGAAAAGCUUAAAUCUAUAGAUAUCUCUUUAGAACUUAAAAUGUGUGUAAAUUGUUUUUCAAAUAGAUGUAGCUGUAAAACGACAAUUGAUAAAUUAUAUGAUGAUAUUGUAAAUGUUCUGAGUGAUGCGGCAAAGAAAUGUAAAACUUAUAUAAAACGUAGGAAACCAGUGAUUGGCUGGAACGACUAUGUAAAGGCCGCACACAGAGAGGCUAGGCUGAAUUUUCAAAUUUGGGUAUUGUACGGUAAACCCUCAUCGGGAUAUAUAUAUGACAAGAUGAGUAAAUCGAGAAAACUGUUUAAAUCCAGGUUGAAGUGGUGUCAAGACCACCAAGACCAAAUCAAGAUGGAUCGGCUAGCCUUUCUUCAUUCCCAAAAAGAUUUUCGGGGUUUUUGGAAAAAUACCAACAAGUUGAAAGUUUCGCCUGGCCUGCCUGUGAGUGUCGACGGUGUUACCGGUUCUAAAGACAUUGCUAACAUGUUUAAAGACAAUUUCUUGGUCAAAUCUGUAACAGAGGUAGCGCCGGUGCACAAUGUUGAGCCGCCCAAUGGUAACUUGGCUACUUGUAUAACGGAGGAGGAUGUGGUCCGCACAAUUAAAUCAAUUGCCAAAGGAAAAUCUCCUGGUCACGACGGGCUCAGCAUUGAGCACAUUUUGUACGCGGGGCCGCAUAUCGCAAAAGUCCUGAGCAUGUUUUAUUCGCUGUGCCUUAACUGUUCAUACUUGCCAUCGAAACUUACGAAAACUGUGGUUGUCCCUGUAGUAAAAAAUAAAACGGGAAAUUUAUCAGAUAAAAAUAAUUACAGGCCCAUAUCGUUGGCGACGAUUGCGGCGAAGGUCCUGGACGGAAUACUGAAUACUAAGUUGAAUCAAUAUGUAAAAAUUCACGACAACCAGUUCGGCUUCCGUCCGGGACUUUCCACAGAAAGUGCGAUCUUAUGCCUUAAACAAACGAUUGAUUAUUAUACUUCUCGAAAUACUAGAGUGUUUGCUGGUUUCCUUGAUUUGUCUAAGGCUUUCGACCUGGUUUCCUAUGAAACACUAUGGAAGAAAUUAGAUGAACAAAAAGUUCCUAAUAACAUCGUAAAAAUUCUCCAAUUCUGGUACGGAAGCCAGGUCAAUGUUGUUAAGUGGUCUAAUAUGUACUCAGAUCCGUAUAAGCUGGAGUGUGGUGUAAGGCAAGGAGGACUAACUUCCCCUAUCUUGUUUAACCUGUACGUCAAUGACCUGAUCGUUGCGCUGAGCAGUCAACAUGUCGGCUGCCAUGUUGAUCAAGUCUGUGUAAAUAAUAUUAGUUACGCAGAUGACAUGGUGCUGCUGAGCGCAUCGGUCUGUGGCCUGAGGAAAUUACUAGGGAUUUGCGAAAAGUACGCGAUUAACCACGGUUUAAUUUAUAAUGUAAAGAAAAGUGAAUACAUGAUAUUUGAGAAAUGUGGUAGGAAUCGUGAUAUAAAUCCUGUACCUGACAUUAAACUCUGUGGCUCCAUUUUGAGUAGGGUAUAUCAGUUUAAGUACCUAGGACACAUCAUUACCACGGAUCUCAACGACGACUGUGACAUAGAAAGGGAGCGGAGGGCGUUAUCGGUGAGGGCCAACAUGAUUGCUCGCAGGUUUGCUCGCUGCUCAAAAGAGGUAAAAAUUACUCUUUUCAGAGCAUACUGCACAAGCUUCUAUGCGAGUAGUCUAUGGGCGAGCUACAAGCAAAAGUCCUAUAACGCCCUUCGCGUUCAGUACAACAACGCAUUUAGGUUGUUGAUGGGGCUGCCUCGCUUCUGUAGCGCUUCAGGGAUGUUCGCAAAAGCGCGCGUUGACUGCUUUUAUGGCACAAUGCGGAAAAAAUGCGCAUCUCUGGUGCGUAGGGUGCGAGCCAGCCCGAACAACGUCCUCAACAUGAUUGCCUGCAGGCUAGAUUGUAAAUAUGUAAGUUACUGCCUAAAGCUCCACAUGGCGGUGAAUAAUUGUAUAUAGUAUCCAUUUAUAUUGUUACUAACAUAGUUAAUAAGUGUUUUUACUAACAAAAUUAUGAG